AUGGCGGGGAAGAAGAGAGUCCCAUCAUCAGCGUACAAACAACACAUUCUCUCGUGGAGGACGGGACCUGCUCAACCUGCUCGACUCAAGGCUCAAUCACUAAAAUCCACAACCGACGUCCAAAAAGAUCGACAAGUGAAAACGCCCGGGGAUUCCUCAGGGAGUGCAUCGCCAGUUGAACUGCUCGAGGCGCGAUUGGUACCAACGAGGCACGUUGCACAGCCAUCGCCGUUCUCCUUCGAAGGUCCCCUGGCUCCGGCGUUGUCACUUUAUAUCCGGGAUGUGUCACCCAGCUUCCAUCGCAGACAACACCACCGACAUGAGGGCGUGGAUGGCGCACUCCUCCAGUCAGUUGUUCCUUUUGUUCUCCAUCACGAGGUUGUCCAAAACUCGUGUGCUGCGGUUACGGUACUCAUCCAGGAUUUCACAAAAACCUCACUUGUCCCGCGCAUCACGCCCGAAGUUUACCAAUUGAUCGAAAAGACGUACAUCUCGCUGCGGCGAUCGAUUUCCGAGGGACGCUCUUCCCUCGACGCUACCAUCUGGGGCAUUGAAGCCUUGAUAGCUGUUUGGAAUUUCGUCGGCGAGUACGAGAAGACCGAAAUCCACCUCAAAGCCAUGCAGGACCUAUUGAUUGCUCAUGGCGGUUAUGAGGCUCUUGGGUUCAACGGGUUCCUUGCUCGAACGGUGCAGUCGUACUUCAACCAUUUCAACGCCAUGAAAAUCGUGCAAGCAGAGAUGACCGACGAUCGGCUCCGAACGACUGCCGAUCCCGCAUUUUGUGAAGAGACUCUACGCACAAGGCCGAGUCUCCCAAGCGGUCUACGCAGAGCCAUUGGCACAGGAACAGGAGCAGAAUCUUUGACAUACCAGUGUAUAAUGUUGAUUGAGACCGUGUCUGAUUGGCAUGCGUCGUGGACUUUUCAAGGCCUUUCCGCAAGAGUCGAGCAGUCUCGUCACCUGAACGUCGCGAGGUGUCUUCGACUGCUGCAGCUCUCUCGACCCACCCAUCGCCAUGAUAUUCUCAUCGGACUUGCCCUGCUCGCGUACUGCACUUACCGCGGUGCCGAUAUGGACUCGUGCUGGAUCGUCAACUGUAACGUCCAAAUCUGCUGCAAGAGCUUGAUGGCGCAGGCAUUCAAUGCAUGCGACACAUCGUUGAUGAUGUGGACCGCCAGAAUUCUUCGAGCGGUCUAUGGGCCCGACAACAUGACUUGCGCAUUCUCUGAUCACCUUGCUUCGACUGCAGUUGCGCAAUGUGACCGUGGCGACGUCCCGGGAGUGACAGACUGUAUGAGGUUCUUUUGGGAUGAACCAUUAAUGUUCCAUCUAAAGGCAAGCUAUAAGGGUUGA